AUGGUGACUGAAGCGUACAAGAAGUCAUCCUUCUCGACCCCACAGUGGUGGAAGGAGGCGGUCGUGUACCAGAUCUACCCCUCCUCCUUUCAGUCGCAUCCAGGCGCAACCACAGGAUGGGGCUCGAUUAAGGGCAUAACCUCGCGGCUAGACUAUCUGAAGAGCCUUGGCGUCAAUGUGGUCUGGUCCAGCCCCAUCUUCAAGUCACCUCAGGCAGACAUGGGCUAUGACAUUGCGGACUAUAAGGAGAUCGAUCCAUGCUAUGGCUCUCUCGAGGAUGUAGACGUGCUCAUCGCCGAGUUGAAGAAGAGAGACAUGAAACUGAUGAUGGAUCUCGUUGUCAACCACACCAGCAACGAGCACGCUUGGUUCCUGGAGUCCAAGAAAAGCAAGAACAGCCCAAAGCGAGAUUGGUACAUCUGGCAGAAGCCCAAGAGCAUGGGCGUCGAUGGACAGCCUGAGCCCCCAAACAAUUGGGCCCAAAUCCUCGGCGAUGCGAACUCAGCAUGGACAUACGACGAGGGUUCUGGGGAAUACUACCUAAGUUUGUUCACACCCGAGCAACCCGACCUCAACUGGGAGAAUCCUGAGGUCCGUGCUGCAGUCUGGGAUGUAAUGCAUUUCUGGCUGAAGCGUGGUGCCGCCGGCUUCCGCAUGGAUGUUAUCAACCUAAUCUCCAAGGUCCCUGGGUACCCUGAUGCCGAAGUUGUUCUUGGGGAGGGCCACAAGUACCAGCCAGCAUUCAAGUACUUCGUCAAUGGGCCGAAGCUCCAUGAUUAUCUUCAAGAGAUGCACCAGGAAGUACUGAGCAAAUACGACACAAUCACUGUGGGCGAGAUGCCAGGGGUAAGCGAUGAGAAGGAAAUUCUACGAACUGUCGGGGCAAAGUCCGGGGAACUGAGAAUGAUUUUCAUCUUUGAUGUCGUUGACAUUGACAAGCCCCACGUCAGAAUGGCUUUGAAACCUUGGGAUGUCAAGGAGAUGAAGAGCAUCAUUUCGAAGUGGCAGAGGGUUAUGAUUGACCUAGAUGGUUGGAAUUCUGUCUUUAUUGAGAACCACGACAACCCUCGGUCCGUUUCGCGCUACGCCGACGACAGUGACGAAUACAGACAUCUCGGCGCCAAGCUUAUCGCUCUCAUGCAGACCACACUCGGCGGUACACUCUUCGUGUACCAAGGCGAGGAGAUCGGGAUGCGGAAUAUCCCCAAGAACUGGGGUAUCGAGGAGUUCAAGGAUAUUGAGACGGUUAACUAUUGGAAGAAGGUUGAAGAGCUCUACGCCAAUGACCCAGAGUUAUUACAUCAUGGCCGUACAGUCGUUGAUAUGAAAGCCCGAGACCACGCUAGAACACCCAUGCACUGGGAUGCAUCCGACAAUGCAGGGUUCUGCGAUGCGGAUGUCAAGCCGUGGAUGCGCGUGAUGGACGAUUAUAAGACAAUCAAUGCCGAAGCGCAGAUGAAGGACGAUUCGGAGAACCUCUCGGUCUGGCAGUUCUGGCAGCGUGGUCUGAAGGACCGAAAAGAGCACGCCGACGUCUUCGUCUACGGAGACUUCGAGGAAUUGACUCACGAGCAUCCCCAAGUCUUCGCGUAUACGAGGACAAGCGCGAAGGGCGAGAAGUGGCUCGUAGUAUUGAACUAUUCCGGUCGGCAGGUCGAAUGGUUGCUGCCCGAGGGCUUGAAGGUGGACUUCUGGGCAGCUGGCAACUACACCAAAGGCCGGGUUGAGAAGCCAAAGUCUGCCAUUGUACCACUCAAACCCUGGGAAGGCGUUCUGGGAAAGUGCGCUUGA